AUGCGAAUAAACGUAUCUGAAGAAGGGACAGAGCGUGAAAGGUUCCUAGGCGAGGAAGAAAUCGUCGAACAUGUUGUGGAAAACGCGACGUCUACGAUUCAAUGGACAAUACACCGGCCAAAGCGAGGGUGGUACCUCCGCAUUCGCGGGCCAACAUUCCCGCCUGGGUCAUUCAUCUCGCUUACCCCAGUCCCACAGUCAUCGCCGUACCAUGCGGACGCAGCAUUGACCUUUGCCUGCCGUACGAACAUGCCUUCCCAGCAAACUCGCGUGUCUGUCUCAUCACCGAAGGUCUCUAUGGACUCAGACGCGACGCUAGCCGGGGAUGCAUCCCCUCAUUCAUACCCUCCGACGCCGCCUACCAAUCCCAUAGUCCGGAUUCAACCACCGUCUCCACGAAGUGUACAAGCAAGACUCGAAGAGAUCCCCGAAGCUCGUUCCACCGCUCAAGUUAUCAGGCCGUUCAUCCUUACUCCGCAUUCUAGGGCACACGUUCCAACACAUACGCAACUCUCUGUGCUCGCCCGAGUCAUGGCUGCCUUGAAAAACCAUGCUCCGUCUCAUGACAUGUCUUUCACGCUAUCACCUAUUCCGCAGGUGUCUGAGGAACAACCGUCGACAUCAUCAACAGCCGCAACUCCCGUACUGACACCCGUACCGCUCUUGACCUAUCACGAUCGGACGCCAGCGUGGAAGGUGGGGUCGACCUUUGGUAUCUUCGAGGUGGAUCGUCGCGAGGAACGAGAGCUUGGGAUACAGCCCAGCUUCUAUGUCGCCGUCGCGUUAACGUACCUCGAGUUUCUCGAAGAAAGAGAAAGCUUCUUGGCCGCCGCCUCUGACUGA